GUUGUGUUAGCCAUAAUGACCAAGGAGCCCCCCACGUGCACAAUAAUGGAAGCCUCAUUUCUUCCCAAUCGCCAUGGCUGAAUCUCAAACUCUCAGCUGAGGAACGAAGACGCAAAAACAUACGCAGCAAAAUUUUGCGCCCUCACAUACGCAACCGAACGACGGAAUGGGGGCAUUUAUCAAACUCGAGGAUUCUCCUAUGUUCUUGAAACAGAUAUUUUCUCUAGAACGAACAACGGAUGAGUUGGAAGAUCGAUGCAGAAGGCUACAAAGUGGAUGUAGGAUGUUUAUGGAAACUCUUGGAGAAGCUAGUAAUGGAGACAUUUCUUUUGCAGAUUCUUUGGAGGGGUUCGGUGGUGGGCAAGAUGAUCCUGUCAGCGUGUCCAUUGGAGGUCCAGUUAUAUCCAAGUUUAUCACUGCAUUUCGUGAACUUGCUACAUACAAAGACCAACUGCGUUCUCAGGUAGAACAUGUAUUAACAGAUCGGCUGAUGCAGUUCCUGAAUGAGGAUUUACAAGGAGUAAAGGACUCUCGUCAACGCUUCGAUAAAGCUAUGCAUGAGUAUGAUCAGGCUCGGGAAAAAUUUGUGUCAUUGAAAAAGAACACACGAGGGGACAUUGUUGCAGAAUUUGAAGAGAACCUCCUGAAUUCAAAGUCCGCAUUUGAGAAAAGCCGCUUCAAUCUAGUGAAUGCGCUCAUGAACGUUGAAGCAAAGAAGAAGUAUGAGUUCUUAGAAUCUAUAAGUGCUCUGAUGGAUGCUCAUUUGAGAUAUUUUAAGCUAGGAUUUGACUUAUUUGGCCAGAUGGAACCUUUCAUUCAUCAGGUUCUAACAUAUGCACAACAAUCUAAAGAACUGGCCAACAUUGAACAAGAUAAACUUGCAAAAAGGAUUCAGGAAUUCAGGACACAGGCACAGCUGGACAAUUUGCAAGCUUCCAAUAGCCUAGAUCCUUCUUUGGUUUCUGAUGGCAUUCAUGGUAGUGGUAUUAGCUCCUACAGAAGUGUUGAAACAGCUCCUCAGUCGAUUGUCAAUGGGAAGGUCGAAACAAUAAAACAAGGUUAUCUCUUGAAACGAUCUUCAGGUUCGAGGGGGGAUUGGAAAAGGAUGUUUUUUGUACUUGAUAGUCAAGGUGCUCUCUAUUAUUAUAAGAACAAGGCAAGCAAAUAUGUGGGCCAACAGUCUCAUAGUUUCAAUCGUCCAGAUGAACACAACAACAGUAUGUUUGGUAGAUUCCGUGCGAGGCACAAUAGGGCAUCGUCAUUCAAUGAAGAAAUUUUGCGUUGUUCUACAGUUAACCUGCAUACGUCUACAAUAAAGAUGGAUGCAGAGGAUUCAGAUCUACGACUUUGCUUCAGAAUAAUUUCUCCCUCUAAGACCUUCACUUUGCAGGCCGAAAAUGAGGCAGAUAGGAUGGACUGGAUCAAUAAAAUCACGGGGGCUAUUGCAUCUCUUUUCAAUUUUUACUUUCUUCAACAGCCAUUCCUGGAAGCAAAACAUCCCGAGUGUGACAAAAAAAAUUGCGACGAUUAUAAUGUUCAGACACUACAUGAAAAAAGAUUAGAAGAUGGCAGCCAAGUAGAUUCUGUUUCUAAGAUACUAAGAGAAAUCGCUGGAAAUGAUCUAUGUGCAGAGUGCGGCACUCCAGAACCUGAAUGGGCAUCUCUGAACCUUGGCAUUUUAUUGUGCAUAGAAUGCUCUGGUGUUCACCGUAAUCUUGGUGUCCAUAUUUCGAAGGUGAGAUCAAUAAUAUUAGAUGUCAAAGUCUGGGAGCCUUCAAUACUGGACUUGUUUAGGAACUUGGGCAAUGCUUAUUGUAACUCUAUUUGGGAGGGAUUGUUUCUUGCAGAUACGGGAAGCAAUAAUACACAACAUGCCGUAGCCACUUCAAUUCCGAAACCAAGUCCCAAGGAUGCCAUUCAGCUUAGGGAGAGAUACAUUCAGGCUAAGUAUGUAGAGAAACAGUUUGUGGGUAAGGAUAAUGAAGCACCCGGCAACAUUUCUUAUGCAAAAAGUAUCUGGGAAGCUGUCAAAACAAAUGACUUGCGGGAAGCAUACCGUCUCAUUGCAGUUUCAACUGUGUCGAUUGUCAACACAACUUAUGAUAAUGUAGUCAGUGUGAGUUCAAGCCCACAUUUGGACGAGGAACCCUUGGGAAAUCGAGAAUCACAUAAUCCAUCAUCGUUCAGGAGAGGUUGGGAUUCUAAUGAGUCAAGGAAUAGUCUUCAAGGUUGCUCACUAUUGCAUCUCGCUUGUCAAAAUGGCAAUCAAGUGAUGCUUGAACUAUUAUUGCAAUUUGGUGCCGAUAUAAAUGUGUGCGACUCUCAUGGAAGGACGCCUUUGCACCAAUGCAUCUCCCAGGAAAACAACAAGUUGGCUAAGUUGCUACUUAGAAGAGGUGCAAAACCAUCAAUCAAAGAUUGUGGAGGAUUAAGUGCGUUAGAAAGAGCAAUGGAAAUGGGAGCAAUAACCGAUGAGGAGCUAUUUCUUUUGCUUACAGGAUCUGACUAAACCAUAUAAUUUGGAACACUUUUGAUUUAUUAUUAUUAUUAUUAUUAUUAUUAUUAUUUUACAUUGACAUUGUUGUUUAUUGUUUGUUGUGUAAUUCACUGUAUUCCCUUUGUUGUCGGUGGAAUCUAGAAUUUUGUAAUAUUAUUGGUGGUGGUUUUUAUCUGCCAUAACUUUUGUAAUCUCUUUGUUGUUGAUGAUCAUAAGAUUAAUUUAUUGAUUUACAGUGAGGUGAAAUUUUUUGUACAAGAAUCCUCAAUUGAAUGGGAAUAAAAUUUUUAUUUAUUGGCAUCA